AUGGCGCCGCACCACGUCCGCGCCCUCGUCGGCCAGGGCAUCCGCGUCAUCGUGCAGCCCUCGACGAGGCGGAUAUUCACCGACGAGGAGUAUCAGAGCGCGGGCGCCGAGCUCAACGAGGACCUCUCGGAGUGCGCCACGAUCUGCGCCGUCAAGGAGGUGCCCAUUGACCUCCUCCUGCCAGGCCGCACCUGGCUCUUCUUCUCCCACACCAUCAAGGCGCAGCCGGCCGGCAUGCCCCUGCUGGACGCGGUUCUGGAGAGGAAGGUACGACUCGUGGAUUACGAGUGCAUCACCCAGACGGGCAACCGCAGGGACCAGCGAUUGGUGGCGUUCGGCAACUACGCCGGCUACGCGGGUGCCAUCGACUUCCUCCGCGGCCUGGGCGAGCGCUUCCUCGCGCUGGGCUACAGCACCCCUCUGCUCCACAUCGGCUCGGCGUUCAUGUACCCGAGCCUGGCUGAGGCGAAGCGCGCCGUGGAGCUGGCUGGCGAGUCCAUCCGCACGAAAGGGUUGCCGGCGGCCCUUUGCCCCUUCACCGCCGUCUUCACUGGCAGCGGCAAGGUCACCAACGGCGCCCUGGACAUCUUCAAGCUGCUCCCGCACGAGAUGGUCGCCCCGAGGGACCUGGCUGGCAUCUGCAGCGGGCAUGCGGACAAUCGCAAGUACAUGUCCAUCACCACCGCGGAGGAUAUGGUGCGGCGCCGUGACGGCAGCCCCUUCAACAAGGCGGAGUACUACGCGGAGCCAGAGAAGUACGAGUCCAUCUUCAUGGACCGGAUUUUGCCGUACAGCACCGUCAUCAUCAACGGCAUGUAUUGGGACCAGCGUUUUCCGAAGCUGUUCACGCACGAGGAUCUGCACAAACAGGUAGUGGCUGGGCACGACCGGCUCCUGGGCUUCACCAGCAUAGAGCAGCCGUUCUUCGUCUUCAACGCGCUGACGGAGAAGGUAUCCGACAACCUUGACGACCCCGGUGUGCUCUUCCACGCCGUGGACCACUUGCCCUCGGAGCUGCCCCGCGAGGCCUCGGAACACUUCGGGGACAGCCUCCUCCCUUUCCUGCCGGACCUGGCGUACGAGGCCCCCCCUUUCGCCCCGGCCCGCCCGCGCGAAGCCGGCGAGAGGACUCCGAGAAGCUCUCCCCUCAGAUCCGCGGGGCGAUCAUCGCGGAGGGAGGCCAGCUGACUCGGGACUUCCGCUACAUCGAGCAGCUCCGUAGCCUCAGCCGCGCGGACGCGGACGACGCGGGCACCGCCGGCGAGUACGCGGGCGUGCACCCACACGGCGCGCACGGUCCUCCGGCCUGCGCGACGCUGGAGAGCUCUCCGGGCACCUCUUCGACACCAAGACCAUCAACCGGGUGUGCGACCUCGUGGAGUCCGCGAAGGCCCGCCUGCACAUCCUGAGCAUCGACGUCGGCACCACCAUCCGCGACGAGUCCUUCCUCUCCAUCCUCGUCAUGGCGCAGACGGACGAGCACCUCCAGGAGGUGGAGGCCCAGAUCGAAGGCGUGGCGGCCGAGGCCAAUGUCACGCUGCGCCGAGCGGGGCAGGAGGCCAAGGCGCGCAGCGGCGCGGUCCAGCCCGCGGGGCCCAGGCGCGAGAUCCUCGUCCUCGGCGCGGGCUUCGUGUCUGGCCCGCUGGUGGAGUACCUCCUGCGGCGCCCCGAGAACUCGCUCACCGUGGCCAGCAUCCUCAAGAAGGACCAAGAGGGUCGAGGCCUUCGCGAAGCGCUUCGGGCCCCGCGUGCGGCCGGAGGUGGUGGACAUCACCUCGACCGCCGCGGAGGCCGUGGCGUCCACGGAGGCCCUGGUCUGCGCCGCGGACGUCGUGGUGUCGCUGGUGCCCGCCAGCCUCCACGUCGGCAUCGCGAGGCUCGUGAUCAAGCACAAGAAGCAGAUGGUCACCGCCUCGUACGUCAGCCCGGAGAUGCAGGCGCUGGACGGCGAGGCCCGCGCCGCGGGCGUGCUGAUCAUCAACGAGGUGGGCCUGGACCCGGG